AUGUCGGCUACAGAGGCCAAUGCUGGUGGCGAAAUGAAAAGCCGAAAACAAAAACCAAGGACCUGCGAGCGGUCCUUGAUUCAAAAAAAAAAGAACUGUCGCAAUAGUGCCCUUAUAGAAAAGGAUGAAAUUGUUUUGUGGCGUAGACGGUAUUUACAAAAUAUUCGUAAAUAUCGUGAAGAAGGGCGGCAUUUAUACUAUAUUGACGAAACCUGGGUCAACGCAGGCGACUGUACCAGCAAAACGAGGGUAGACAAAACAAUUAAAUCGCCUCGUGAUGCUAUUCUUCAAGGUCUCUUGACGGGGUCUCAGAGCCCAUCUGACAAAGGUAAGAGGCUAAUUGUUUUUCACAUUGGGUCUGAAGAUGGGUUUGUACCAGGUGGCCUAUUAUGUUUUAAGUCAAAAAAAACGACCGACUACCAAGAAGAAAUGAAUGGUGAUACAUUUUAUAACUGGAUGAAAAACGUAAUACCACGACUCAAAGAGAAUUGUGUUAUUAUAAUGGACAACACCCUAUAUCACUCUGUGAAAAAAGAAAAAAUCCCAAAUAUAACUACAAAAAAAGCAGAUAUCAUACAAUGGUUACAGGACAAGGGCGAAGUAAUUAAUCGACCUAUGGUGAUUCCUGAAUUAAUCGAUAGAGUAAAAAUACUAAGACCACAAUACGAAAAGUAUUUAAUUGACGAUCUGGCUGAAACACACAACAGGACAAUUUUAAGACUCCUUCCAUAUCAUUGCGAGUUAAAUCCGAUAGAAUUGGCGUGGGCUAAUGUGAAAGAUCACGUGAAAAAGAACAACACCAGUUACAAGUUGAGUGACGUCAAAACACUUUUAUUGGAAGGUAUAGAGAGAGUGGAUGAGAACAUGUGGACAAAUUGUAUAAGACACACUAUGACCGAGGAAGAAAAAUUCUACCAAAUCGAUUUUAUAGUGGACAAUUUGUUGUCUGCAGAAACAGAAAGUCUGACAAUGACGGUUGGCGAUACGUCUUCGGAUUCUGAAUUCACUAGCGAUGAUGAGUAA